AGGAGCCAAGGGCUUCCUCCUGUCCAUCCCAUAGUGAUUAUUUUCGCUCUUAUGGAUGACAGCAACACAUUGGAGAAAAGCCUUUAAAACACGCGAUUUUAUGCUUCGAAUGCCCCGGGCAAGUGCCCACAGCAGGAUCGACAUGCGACGGACCACUGCAUCUCGUCAAAGCAAGUACCAACUAUUUAGCAUUACAAAACCAGGUUCAUCUUGGGUACUAAGCUUCCAAAAAAAAGGGACCACGAUUGGUCCGAAUAAAAAACAUCAAGUGAUGGCAUGACUGUUGAUGUUUGCCAUGGCCGCAGAAUCUCAAGUUUGCUCCCACCCCAGCCCACCAGAUUGAUAAUCCUCGCAACGCCAUUUGCCCGCUGACCACUAACCAAGCCCCCUCCCAUCAUGUUACGUCCCCUACCCACGAGCUCCCGCCAAUCCCGGCACAUGUAUUACAGGCCAUGUUCCUACUUGCACCGAUGCUAACUGGUCAAUCUCAAAGGGCUCCACGGAAAAUCAGACGCAUAUUCGCCCGGCUAAGCCCGUCCAUGGCAGUCGUUUCUACGGUUCUGUGGUUCCUUGUCUCCUCUCUUUCUACGCGCCUGCCCGAAACAGGAAAUCAAGGCGGACUGACAGGUCUGGGCGCGCUGUGGAUGAGACACCCCAGGUAUAUGGCAGCCAUCACGAUAGAUCAUCAGUACCUAGGUACCACGGUGCACCCGGCCAACUUGCUGUCUUCUUUUGCGUACAUUCUCUCCAGGAAGCCCAGUAUAGAUACUUCAUUCUAUACGAGAUCUCAUAACGCUUCAGAAAUCUAAGGAUAUCUGACACCCUCGACACUACUGCUCAUCUAGAGAACAAUCUUUAAGCUGUUCUGGGAAUAGACCCUUCUAUUCUGCUUACAUGGAAGUUGCGUGAAGCUUCUUAGUUCGGUCCUUUGAUCCGCCACAAGAAUCAAUCUCGUUUGCUCAAACUUCUUGUGGUGACCUCUAUCCCUCUCUGUUAGACGCAGGACCUGAUGCCAUGGAUGUACCAAGCAACGAUUGGAACUUGGCUAGCAAAGAGCCAAGUUUAUCAAUUCUGAACCCUGCACCAAAACUGUUACCGGGGCCUUCGCUGUUACACAAUUUGAUAUCGGCGGUAGCACGCCACGAUGGUGCUUCUGCAAUACAUCAUUACGCCGGCGCACAAGGGGCUACACACUUGUCAUACCACAGUCUUCAUCAAAGGUCAAAUCUGCUUGCAGCUCGCAUAACUGCCGCAGUGGCCGGCGAUACACUAGCAGUCAAACAGCUCAUUGUUCCAGUCUUGCUACCGCAGAGCCCUGAGCUCUACGUUGCCUUGUUGGCUAUCUUGAAAGCCGGUGGAGCGUUCUGCCCUCUUAACCUGGACGCCCCGCCAGAAAGAGUUCGAUUCAUCUUGGAGGAUGUAACUGCUCGAGUUGUCAUAACAUCACAGACUCUUGCAAAUGUCUUCUCAGAGGAGCAACAUGAUGUCAAAGUCAUUAAACUCGGUUCGGAUUGGGCCGACUCCUGCUGGGACAAUGGCUGCGACCUCAGCGACUCUAUUUCACAUCGAGCCGCCACCCCCUCCGACCUGGCCUACGUUAUGUACACAUCCGGGUCCACUGGAACACCCAAAGGCGUCGGCGUUUCGCACGCCGCCGCGACCCAAAGCCUUCUUGCCCAUGAUGAACACAUUCCACAUUUUCGCCGCUUCCUGCAGUUUGCAGCCCCGACCUUUGACGUGUCCGUCUUUGAGAUCUUCUUCCCGCUGUUCCGGGGAGUCACGCUAGUCAGCUGCGACAGACGCCUUAUGCUCGACGAUCUACCUGCCGUCUUGCGCCAGAUGGAAGUAGAUGCAUGCGAGCUCACGCCGACGGUCGCAGGGAGCUUGCUAAGAAAGAGGGAGAACGCCCCUGGUCUCAAACUCCUUCUCACGAUUGGUGAGAUGUUGACCGGCCCAGUGGUGCAGGAGUUCGGGGGCGGCGGAGAGGGGCAGCAGGAUAGCAUUCUUUGGGCCAUGUAUGGACCGACAGAGGCGAGCAUACACUGCACUCUUCAACCAGCAGUCAAGCCAGACAUGUCCGUGAACUGUAUCGGCUUCCCGCUUUCAACGGUUUCCGCCUAUAUUGUUGCCAUACAAACAGAAGAUGACGAGCCAAACCAGCUUUCUGAUGGCGGCCUCAAAGACCCAACGGUUCUUCCAGUGGGGGAGAUUGGCGAACUUGUCGUAGGCGGAUAUCAGCUGGCUGAAGGCUACCUCAACCGCCCCGAGCAGACCGCGUCUGCCUUCAUCGACUCGAAAACAUACGGGAGACUUUAUCGUACCGGCGACAAAGCCCGUCUUCGCGCGGAUGGACUCCUCGAGUGCCUCGGCCGCAUCUCGGAUGGCCAGGUCAAGCUGCGCGGUCAGCGAAUGGAGCUUGGUGAGGUCGAGGCCGCCAUACUUCGUGUUCAAGGCUGUCAUGGCGCAGUUGCGGCCGUGGUCAAUGGCAGCAUCCUAGUCGCAUUCUGUCUCCUCGAUUCGUUGCACGGGGAGGACCACACUUCUGCCGAGCCGAGAAUCACUAAAGCAUGCGAGGACUGGCUUCCCAAGUUCAUGGUCCCCAACGAAGUACUGGUGCUGGACGAAUUUCCCCGGCUUCCCUCGGGUAAGGUAGAUCGCAAAGGCAUGGUUGCCGCUUAUGAGCAACGAAGGAGGGAAACACACGUCGUUGCGAGUGUCCCCGAGUACCAAAGCUCUGUAGAGCAAAGGCUUUGUCAACUGGCCGAAAAAAGCCUACGAGUCGCUGUUGAGCCUUCCCUUGGCCUGUCAUCGGCUGGGCUGGACUCGCUCACUGCCAUAAAACUCGCAUCAAAGAUCAGAGCUUCGGGCUUCCAAGUCGAAACUCUUCAAGUACUGCAGUCAAAGUCAAUCAGGGACUUGGCGCAACUCGUCAGGCAGCUCGCGGACGGUAGGCAAGAAACGGAAGGUCAGAGCGAGAUCGAAGUAUCUCGCCCAAUAUCAGAAAUACCCUGGCUUGUCCACCAUGCAGCUAGCCAGAUCCAAGAAGUCAUUCGCUGCACUCCUGUACAGGAGUCCAUGCUUGCAGAGACAGCGCGGAACUCUGAUGCUUACUGCAACUGGAUCGAAUGGGACAUUGCCGAGUCGUGCAGCACCCAGGAUGUCGUGAAGGCUGUUCAAAAACUGGCGCAAGCCAAUGAGGUACUUCGAACAGGAUUUGCCCAAUCCGCAAAGGGCCAGUUUUUACAGAUAAUAUGGAAACAGCUUGAGUGCUUCGACCAAAGUACGGAUGAGGCAACACUGACAACACCAUCCGGGGAAGAUCUACCAUCCUCCAUCAUUUACACAAUACGGCAGCAAGAAAGUUCCGUCCGGCUUACCAUCAAAUUACAUCAUGCUUUGUAUGACGGGUGGUCUAUGGAUAUAUUUGUCCGUGAUCUCAACCUUGCCCUCCAAGGGGCUGACUUGCGACCGUCUAGCCAAUACAGCUCCGUCGUCAAAUACUACAACUCACCAUCCUACAACACCGCCAAGGAUAAUGCCAGGCAAUUUUGGGCAGGGCAGCUCCUGGGAUAUCAACCAAGUGCAUUCCCUAUUCUCGUUACAUCUAGGAGUCCUGGGCCAUCCGGGACGAGAUCCGACACCUUUACGAUAGAUAUUGAUCCCGAUCGGCUCAGGAACCUGGCUAGAGACCUGGAAAUAGGCAGUCAGAUCCUGUUUGAGGCCUGCAUAAUCUGGGUUUGGAGCUUAAUCAUCGGCAGCAGCGAUGUAGUGAUAGGAACAGUGACCUCGGGCCGCACUCUGCCAAUCCCCGGGGUCGAAGACAUAAUGGGCCCCUGUUUGGCCUCAGUCCCGACAAGGGCGAAGCUCUCUGACGUUCGCACCGUCAAGGAGCUCUUGAGCUACCUACAAGCUACUAAUCGCGCCAUGCUCCCCCAUUCAAUCUUGCCGCUCGCCGAAAUCAGAAAGACCUCAGGCUUGUUGCCCUCUCAAUCUCUAUACGACUUACUCUUUGUCUACCAGGAGUCACUCCUCAGCACUUCCAACUAUAGCACGACUUCAAGAGUCAGGCAGGUCGCACAUCAAGACUACUUGGAGACAAAGCUGCUCUUUGAGGUCGAGCCUCGGCCUUCUGACUUUUUGCUCCGAAUCACCUAUCACACUGAUGCGGUUCCGGACAACUACAUUCCUGUUCUCGCGGAACAAGUUCGGUGCUUGAUCCACUACAUGGUCGAGAACCCGGACGCAUCGAUGACAUGCAUGCGUGAUGCUUUACCUAGUGCAAUGGCCUCGAGGCACAACAUCAACCCUUUGUCAUACCAAGGAUGUGCUGAUCUCGCUCGCAUGGUUGAGGAGACGGCAACAAAGUUCCCUGACAUGCCAGCAGUCUGCUUUGCAGACAUUAUUCCUGCCGCCGGUGAUACUCAGGUACAAACAAUUUCCUAUCAAGAGCUCAACAGACAAGCAAACCGGAUUGCCCAUCUAGUCAUUGGCUCAAAGGUGAUGCCUGGAAUGACAGUGGCAAUCAUCAUGGAGAAGUCAAUCUCGCUAUAUGCAGGCAUACUGGGAAUACUCAAGGCCGGGUGUGCAUACCUGCCGCUUCUCCCGUCUACCCCGCUACAACGUAUCGAAACCAUCUUGGGCCACUCAGAGGCAGCCGCCUGUCUCUGCGAUGCAUCUUCAAUCCGCAACUUGAGAAGCAUACAGACAGGUUGCCAAUUCCUUGACAUAUCAAAGGAGGAAGACCUAAUCCGAUACCCAGACUCCAAUCCCGACAUCACCCCUGAUGCCUCUCGUGUGGCAAACAUCAUCUACACUUCAGGGAGUACAGGGAUACCAAAGGGUGUCUGCGUAACUCAGCUCAACAUCAUGAGCAAUCUCGAUGUUUUAUCCCGGCUAUACCCACUGAGCGAGGGGACUGACAAGCCCGGGCGGCUUUUGCAGUCUUGCUCCCAGGCAUUCGACGUCUCGGUGUUUGAGAUCUUUUAUGCUUGGAAAAUGGGCAUGUGCCUUUGCUCUGCAGUAAACGACACACUAUUUGCCGACCUUGAGAAUGCAAUCCGGGCGCUCCGAAUCACACAUUUGAGCAUGACACCCACGGUCGCGGCUCUUGUCCAGCCCAAAAACGUUCCCGGAGUGGAGUUUUUGGUGACUUCAGGCGAGCCCAUGACGGAAGCUGUGGCUUCCAAGUGGGCUGGCAUCCUCUACCAAGGCUAUGGCCCAUCCGAGACGACAAACAUUUGCACCGUCAAGAAGAUGAAAGCUGGCGACGUUAUACAGCAUCUUGGGUUUGCAUUUGAGAAUACAUCAUCAUUCGUUGUGCAUAAAGAAAGCCGCAACGGGGUUGACCUGGUUCCCUUUGGCUGUGUCGGCGAGCUAUGUUUUGGCGGCGACCAGGUUGUGCAAGGCUAUCUGGGGAUGCCGGAACUGACAAGGGAGAAAUUCGUCGAGCACCCCGAGUACGGACGACUGUACAGAUCGGGUGACCUGGGCCGCAUGCUCCCUGACGGCUCCCUGGUGAUCAGUGGCCGAGUCGACGACCAGAUUAAGCUCCGUGGGCAAAGAAUCGAGCUGAAAGAGAUUGAUUCCGUCACGCGAGAGUCUGAAUCUGUCAAUGCUGCCGUCACAAUCCUUGUUUCGCGCGGUACACAAAAGGCCGAUCAGCUGGCGACAUUUUACGUGCCUUUGGCGACAGCGGAAACAGAAAAACAUGCAGUGUCAUACCAGGUGCUUGACGACGCCCAGACUGCACGACCUGCCCCCGAAAGCCAAGCCAUUUUUCAUCUUUUGACUUCUCGUUUACCAACAUACAUGAUUCCAAACUACCUAAUUCCCAUCUCCGUAAUACCGACAACUCCUUCUGGCAAGGUUGACAAGGCAAGGUUGCGUGACACCUUUGCACAGCUCGACCAAGAGACGCUAGGUCGACUGAGUGCUGUGGGUGGUGCGACUGAAGAGGCAGAGGAGCAGUGGUCGGAGCUUGAAACAGCCAUCUCCCGUAUCCUUGCCACUGUUCUUCAAAUCGAGCAGAUGGCGAUUCGUCGUUGGACACCGUUUCCAAGCCUUGGGGUGGACUCCAUCUCGGCAAUAUCUGUGGCAAAACAGUUGCGUGACUUGGUGGGUGCUCCGGUGCCUGUCUCGCAGGUCCUCAAAAGCUCCUGUGUCGCUCGUCUUGGGCAGAUGCUGGAAAACUCGUCUGUGCAAUCAGCUUCCACCAAGACGAUCCGAUUCGAGACCCAAUUCUUUGACCAAGAACUGCUUGCACUCAUCGAGCAGAACUUCAAGGCUCAUCAAGACAAUACUGCUGGUGAAUGUGCCGAGAUUGAUGCCAUCCUCCCGUGUACACCUCUUCAACAGGGUAUGCUUGCAGCCUCACAGGCAACAACAGCAAGUAUGGGCGCAUCUUAUGUGAACCAAAUGGUAUUCAAGCUAGCAGCAGACCCAGACACAAUGCGGUCUGCUUGGGACACCAUGGUAGAGAGGCAUCCCAUCCUCCGCACCUGCUUCAUCACCACGAAUUCCUCGAUACAUGCAAUGGUGCAAGUUGUCAUCAAAAGGUGGAAGUCCCAGUGGCACAUGUUUAAUGAUGGGGAAAGCCUUGACGACUGUCUAAAAGCCAUGGCAGAUGGUCUUGCGCCGCCCCUGGACUCUUUUGUGCCCCCUGCGUCGCUUGGCCUGGCUCGUCAUGACGGGAGGAAUACUCUGAUCUUCACCUGCCACCACGCGCUUUACGAUGGAAAUGCCAUUGCGGCUCUCCUUGACGAGGUUGAACAAUUCAUUCAGGUUGGAUCUCUACCACCGCUGCCAACUUCUUAUGAGCCUUUUUUGCGGGAAAUGCUAUCUCUUCCCGACUCCACAGACAACUUUUGGAAACAGCAAUUGUCAAAUUUCAUCCCCAAGACAUUGCCAAUCAGCGGCAAGAGCACAGAGGGCCCCGGAGCAGUAUCACAUGUGAUGGGAGUGUCCUUGGAAACGGCAAACAAUAGACUCAAGGAGCUUGGAUUCUCUCUUUUGGCUGUUUGUCAAGCAUCAUGGGCAAUGGCCCUCGGCAUCAUCCUGGAUGAGCCAGAUGUUUGCUUUGGCAAUGUCACCAGCGGCAGAUCCGUACCGAUCGAUGGCAUCGAGAAGCUUGUUGCCCCUUGCUUUAACACAAUUCCCGUCAGGGCAGACCUUUCUGGCCUGAGGCGAAACAUGGACCUGGUCAAGCUUCUUCAGGAUUCUGGCAUCGAGGCCCUGCAAUAUCAAUUCACCCCCCUACGCCGGAUUCAGUCACUCAAUGCUUAUUCCAACGGUGCGACCCGCCUCUUUGAUAGUAUCAUGCUACUUCAACAACCUUCCCAGCCACUAAAUCCGGACAUCUGGUCGCUCGAGCGCGAUGAAGGUAGCAUGGAUGUGCCGUUAGUAUGCGAGGCCAUUCCCGAGCCUCGGGAGAACACACUCGUUUUGAAGAUGCACUAUGACGGUGUCGCCGCAUCCUCACCCAUGGCCUCUUUUCUUGUGCAGUUAUUUUCCCAUGUAUUUUGCGAGGUUCUAUCUUAUCCAUCGGCAGUUCCUCUGACACAGGAUGCACUUCCCGAUGCCUUGAGACAACAACUCGAGGCCUUGGGGUUACAACGUUCAAUUGCAACCUCGACUCCAAAGAGCGAUCAGAAUCAGUUGCCAGUUGCUGCUGAAAACUACAAGGUUUCUGAGACCGAAUCGUCGAUUCGCUCUAUAUUUGCAAAUCUUGCCACAGUGCCCAAAUCGGCGAUUCUGCCAAACACAACUAUAUUCCAGCUUGGGCUUGACAGCAUCAGUGCUGUCCAGAUCGCCUCGGCUCUGCGGCAAGAGGGUUUUCAUGUCUCAUCGAUAGACGUGAUAGACCAUCCUACAUACUCGGCGCUGGCUCAAUUCUUUGAAGAGACCAAGACGAGAGAUUCUCGCAGCGCAAACCCUUCAUAUGAUCUCAAAGCCUUCCAGACCGAGUGUGCGAAAUAUGUUACAGAGAACAGUCGGUACCGUGAUACGGUCGAGGCAAUACUCCCGUGCACGCCUUUGCAGCAAGCUAUGCUGAGCGAGUUUAUCAACUCUGAUGGCUGCAACUAUCUCAACUUUCUGCAUCUCCGUCUUGGUGACAAGACUACUGCAUCUACAGACGAUGUUUUCAAGGCACUCAAAAAUUGCUCGGGCAGUUUUGAGAUGCUGCGGACUGGCUUCAUCCCAAUCGAACACAAGGAUGCUUCGUUUGCCAUGAUCAGAUACUGCGAGUGGGCUGGCAAAGUGACCAGCGUUCCCAGAGAAGCGAUUGCAGACUUUUCUGUUGAUAGGUGGCGUUCAGAGGUGAAAAGCACGGUGUACAACAACCUGGACCAGCCUCCGUGGGAAGCAGUUAUUUUAGAGGGAGAGGCUGGCGUAGAGGUCCACCUUGCCAUUCACCAUGUUCUCUACGAUGCGCAAUCUCUCAAGACUAUUCUGGACUCCUUGGCUCCAUCAGCCGCUGAUAAAAGGCCAGCCGCUUGCAACGAAAGCGUUGAUGUUGCAAUCCAAGAGAUCAUCUCCCGGUCUAGAGUUGGCAAAGAGGAUGCGGAAACGUACUGGCGCAGCUUGGCCACCGAGACGGUAAUCAAUCGAUUCCCAGUCAUGACGCCCCUGCGCGCAGAAGAGCGGUCCAUCUGUGUUGAGUCGCAUUUGAGCAAGGCAAAGGUCUCUCUUUUGGAAAGCUCACUGAGAAAAGAAGGCGUCACCAUGCAGGCUGCUAUACAGGGAGCGUGGACCAGGAUCCUCAGCUCCUAUCUCGGAGAGUCUUGUAUGGUCUUCGGGACUGUUCUUUCUGGUCGUAGUUCUGGCGCUACCAGAUCGGCAGUUUUCCCGUGCAUCACUACCCUGCCAGUUGUUGCGGAAAACAAGAGCCUAAACAGGAGUCUUGUGGAGAGCAUGAUGGAAAGAAACAAGAAUCUUCAUCGUCAUCAGCAGGUCCCAAUGACACAGAUCCAAAACUGGCUAGGACUGCCGGAAACAAGACUGUUUGAUACGCUUGUGGUCUAUCAGAAGCUACAAGAUGACGCCGGACCAGGAGCGUUGAACACCUGGGAGGUCAUUGAAGACAAAGCUACAGUCGACUAUCCGCUCUCCUUGGAGAUUGAGCCCCGGGGUGAGCACCUGCACUACCAGCUGACGUUUUUCAGCGACUUGCUGCCCCAGCAACAGUCUGCGUUGCUCCUGAGGCAGUUCGAUGCUGUUCUGACACAUUUGGCUCUUGAACCUGAGGGCUGCGAGGAUGAACUGCGGACCGGAAGCCCGUCCUUGUUCUCCAUUACGCCAGCCGCGGAGCCAGAGCUGCCCUCGAACGUCAGACUUCUCCAUCAGUUUGUCGAGGAGGCCGCCCGGCGGUACCCUCAAAAGACGGCACUGGAAUUCGUGUCUGCGCUUGACGGCGGCGAUCCUGUGUCGCGGACAUGGAACUUUGCAGAGCUUGAUCAAAACGGUAACCGAGUCGCUAACAUUCUUGCCCCAUACACCAAAGUCGGUGGCAUCGUUGCUAUACUGUUUGACAAGUGCCCCGAGGCAUAUUUUGCCAUACUUGGCAUACUAAAGUCUGGGUGUUCCUUUGUCGCGCUGGAUCCAGCGGCACCUGCGGCGAGGAGACAGUUCAUUAUUGAGGACUCUGGGGCCUCGGCUCUCGUGACUGACAUGGACCGGGCUUCGAACCUGGAUAUUGACGUCUCGGUUCCGGUGGUGGGGCUGGAUGAUGACUUUAUUCUCUCGUCGCCUUCAACGCCUUUGACAGACCGUCAGGCCGAACUAAGUCCCCAAGACAGGAGCUACUGUCUCUAUACGUCUGGCACCACUGGAACACCAAAGGGGUGCGAGAUUACGCACGAGAAUGCCGUCCAAGCCAUGCUCGCCUUCCAAGACUUGUUCUCUGGCCAUUGGGACCAAGACUCCAAGUGGCUGCAGUUUGCGUCCUUCCACUUUGACGUCUCUGUUCUGGAGCAGUAUUGGAGCUGGAGCGUGGGCAUUGCGCUGGUGGCUGCACCCAAGGACCUGAUUCUGGAGGAUCUGAUCACCACCAUCUCGAGUCUACAAAUCACCCACAUAGAUCUGACGCCGAGCCUGGCACGCCUGGUCCAUCCCGAUGACGUUCCGUCGCUUUGCAAGGGGGUGUUUAUCACGGGCGGCGAGCAGCUGAAGCAAGAGAUUCUCGACGCCUGGGGCGACCAGGGCGUCAUUUACAACGCCUACGGCCCGACCGAGGCAACCAUAGGUGUCACCAUGUACCAACGCGUGCCUCGCAACGGCCGAGCUUCCAACAUUGGCAAGCAGUUCCUCAAUGUGGGAUCGUAUGUGUUCAAGCCUGGCACUGAGAUUCCCACUUUGAGAGGCGGCAUCGGUGAGCUCUGCGUGUCCGGGAAGCUGGUUGGGAAGGGGUACUUGAACCGCAAAGACCUCACAGCAGAAAGAUUUCCGACUCUUGAAUAUUUCGGCGAGCGGGUUUACAGGACGGGCGACCUGGUCAGGAUCCUCCACGAUGGCUGCUUCGACUUCCUCGGGCGUGCGGAUGACCAGGUCAAGCUUCGCGGACAACGUCUUGAGAUUGGCGAAAUCAACCACGCCAUCAAGACGGGCAUCUCACAGGUCCAGGAUGUGGCUACGCUGGUCAUCCGCGACGAGAGCAAGCAAAAGGACUUUUUGGUAUCCUUUGUAGUCGCGGAUGACCAAAGUGACAGCUCCGAAGCGCAGAGUCAGACCCUAGAACCAAUAUUUUCGCCCGACGCCGCGACUCUGGCCCGUGACGUGCAGGACUCCUGUCGAGCUAAACUUCCCGGGUACAUGGUGCCUACCUACAUCCUGAAGCUUCCCUUUAUGCCACUCUCAUCCAACAACAAGGCAGAGGUCAAGAUGCUCAGAUCUCUGUUCUCUCGGUUGACCCAGGAUCAGCUCGUCGCGGCGUCUUCGGCGGGUUCCCGUACCGCUGCCGACUUGAACGGCGAUAUUGCACGAAUUUUGAUAGGCACACUUGGUAACAUGCAAUUCCUCAGCCCCGGGCAGGAACCCACAGCCGACGUCAGCAUCUUCGAACUCGGCAUCGAUUCCAUCUCGGUCCUGCGCCUGUCCAGGGCCCUGAAGCGCGGGGGUCUCGCGCAGGCUACUCCCGCUCUGAUCCUGAAGAACCCGGUCCUGGGCGACCUUGUCCGAGCUCUCCAGUCCGAAGUGACGGCCAACGAUGCGGGUGCUGUGCUCGAAGCCCGGCAGCUCGUCGAGGCCUGCCAGCACCUCCAUCGAUCGCGCGCCUGCCGGGCCCUGGGUGUUUCUUCGGAGCACAUCGAGUACAUCGCCCCCUGCUCGGCGCUGCAGCACGGAAUGGCCAUGCGGUGCAAGACAGAGGAGCACAGGAGCACGUACUUUAACGUCUUCACCUUUGAGCUCCGGCCGGACGUCGACAUUGCACGCCUCAAGUCCUCGUGGCAGAUUAUCGUCGACUCGUUUGCGAUCCUGAGGAGCAAGUUCCUCGUCUCUUCGGAGGGGUUUGUCCAGGUGGCCUUGAAGGAGAUGCAGCUGCCAUGGACUGAGCUCGAAACAGCCGAUGAUGAGCUGGAGAGUAAGCUGCUUGGAAUGCAUGAGCAAUGGCUCGACCGAAACUCACAAAACCUGACGUCGCCGCUCGAGUUGCUUCUCGUCAAGACCGCGGGGAAGAACCUCCUCAGACUGCACAUCUUCCAUGGGCUCUACGAUGCCAACAGUCUCGGCAUGAUGAUUGCCAAAGUGGCGGCCCUAUAUCUCGGCACAGAAGACAUCGAGUCUCGGACCACCUUUAUCGACGCCCUCAUCCACGGGCCUCUGCGCAAUUUUAACCACACCAAGACCUUCUGGGAAUAUCACCUGAGCGGCGUCUCGCUACAAAACCUUCCUCAACUCUCUGAGCGGCCCAGCUCUCACGACAUUGAGCUUUCUCGGACUCUCAGCUUUGCUCCUCUGGAGCCUGUCCGCCAAAGGCUAAACGUUACGCAUUCGGCAGUCAUCCAGGCCCUCUGGCUCUCGGUCCUGCAACCUCGCUACGCCAAGCCCCUGACCCUGGGCGUCAUUGUAUUCGGCCGUGCCAUCGACGUCGAGAACGCCGAGCAUGUCGUCGGGCCCUUGUUCAACACCCUACCCUUCCACUCGGGGAGUUGUACCAGCGGGAGCGGGACGUGGGCCUCGCUCGUGCGGACCUGCCACUCGUUCAACACGGCCACGCUCCCCUUCCAGCACGUCCCACUCCGCGAUAUCCAGAAAUGGUGCUCGGGGGGCAGACCGCUGUUUGAUACUCUCUUCUCCUGCCAGAGAGAGCCCCUGUCUUCGGUCGCGGCCGCAGAGCAGCUCUGGACCGAGAUCUCUGCAUCGCCGGCCCCGAUCAGUUCAGACUACCCGCUGGCGUUCGAGGCAACCCUGGCCCGAGAUGACCGUCUCGAGCUUCUCCUGGUGGCACAAAAGGGGUUUGCAGACGAGCAUGUCCUCUCGGCCAUGCUUGACGAGUUUGAACACUCCAUGGCCAUGAUUGCUGGGAACAUGGACGCCAUGAUAGGAUCAUCUGAUGGUGGGCUUGCUCCUGAAAUACCGAGCCAUGAGGUCAGGGAUGGACAGGCCACUUUUAGCCAGGCCGAGCUUGGAAAUACGAGCUUUGAAUGGACCGACGACGCGUCCCUGAUCAGAAAUGAGGUUGCGGCACUCGCAGGCGUCUCGCCGGAAGAAGUCAGCGAAUCAACCAGCCUGCUGGAGCUUGGUCUCGAUAGCAUAGACACCAUCAAGCUCUCGGCACGGCUCAAGAAGAAUGGAAUCGUUCUGACCAACAGCCAACUCGUCAAGGGUCAAACGAUCGCACGCUUCACGGAAACUCUCGGCCAGGUCGACAAGGCAAACAACACAAGCACGAGCACCACUGCCGGCAAUGACGCAGCUUCCAAGGUUGCAAGCAUGACAGAAUUGCUCAGGAAGCAUAUCGCAUCCCAGGUCCAGAAUCUCGACUUGGAUCAAGUGCAAACCGUGCUACCGCCAACCCCGCUGCAAGAUGCCAUGGUUGCCGACAUGUUUCAAUCGGGCAUGCGGCGCUACUUUAAUCACGACGUCCUCGAGCUUCCCCCCAAUGUGGACAUGGAGAGGCUUGGGUCGGCGUGGCAGUCUGUUGUCGAUCAUUCGCCCAUACUACGCACCACAUUUAUCGAGGUGGAAAGUCCCGAGUUCGACUUUGCGUAUUGUCAGGUGGUGCACAGCAAAAUGCAGCUGAGCUGGAGUCGGCGAGAGGUGGCUUCCCAGGGAGAGUUUCACCAAGUCAUCGAAAGCAUCCGCCGCCAUGCUGAAGAGACGGCAGGCUCGGACGGUCUGUUCAAAGUGACACCCGUGUGGCUUGGACAGCAGAGAUUUAUCGUCUUGUCUAUCGCCCAUGCUCUCUACGACGGAUGGUCACUCGAGCUACUUUUGCGAGAUGUUCAGGACGCGUACAAUGGUGACUAUUCGCCCCGGCCCGAGUAUCUCGACUAUCUUGGACACAUCCUCGAGUCCGCCACGGAAGAGUCCAAGGACUUUUGGAUAGACACCCUCACGGGAGCUUAUGCAAAAAACAUCCAGCCUCGCAAGCUGCAGCUCGGAAGCAGAAAGGCCAACGACGGCACGAAGCCGAGGGAAACCCUAGUCCACCGCGCCGAGUUGAAAUCUGCCAAGCCCGCCGCGGAGCUCUCGACAUUCUGCAGACGCCGCGCCGUCAGCCCCCAGGUCGUCGGACAAGUCUGCUGGGCAGCGGUGCUGAGUCGAAGAGUCCAGUCGCUCGAUGUAACAUUUGGCUGUGUCCUGUCCGGCCGGGAGACAGAGUCGGCAGAGAGUCUGCUGUUCCCCACCAUGAACACGGUAGCCGUCCGCGCCGUCCUGCACGGAACCAUCGGGUCGCUGCUCCGUUACUUCCAGGAGACCAUGGCCGGCGUGCUUCAGUACCAGCAUUUCCCGCUGCGCAAGGCACAGCGUCUGGGUGGUAGUCGAACCCCAGACGGGCUGUUCAAUACACUUUUCGUCAUGCAAAAGCAGCGCCGCGCUUCUAGGACUGGUCCCGAGACUGGCGAUCUGCUCAUGACAUCAGUCGACGGUACCUCGGCCGUUGAGUAUCCAGUCUGCAUCGAGAUGGAGAUUGUCCAGGACUCGGUCAUCUGGCGGACAGCCUGCAGCGACGACUUUCUCGGGAAGCAAGACACCGAGCAGUUGCUGCGUGAGCUGGACCAGGUACUAGCUUUCCUCACCGAGUCCUCACCCGACCUUUCAGUCUUUCGCUCAACAACGUCACGCCCUGGAGUUGCCGGUAGCGACAUCCUGGUUUGUGGGCUCGAUCCCUUCAGGCUCAAGGCUCAAAACACGGCAUCUUCGACCACUGCCAUGUCUUCACAGACCGAUGCGUCGACUCUUAUCGACGUGGACUCAGACGAGGAGUGGACGGAUGCUGAACAAAAGCUCCGAACGGCGCUGGCCGAGGUCAGCGGUCUGCCGCAGAAUGCUGUGAAGAGGUCCUACAACCUCUACAACAUCGGCCUCGACUCAAUCAGCGCCAUCAAGGUCUCAUCCCUGUUGCGAAAGGUGGGGGUUCAAAUACGCGUCAAGGAUCUGCUCAGGGCCGAAAGCCUGGUUGAUAUGGCCAAGAUGACUGGCAGCGCAGAACAGGCCGCUCCCAAGCUGCCCAAAAGUGCCGUGGCCUUUUCCGCGGCCGCAAAACUCGGCGCCUACGAGCCAUUGGUUGUCGAGGCCGGUUUGGACGAGCAAAGCGUGCAGUGCAUCAUUCCUGCUACUGCCAUGCAGGCCCACAUGAUCUCCCUAUGGCAAAAGACGGACGGAGCCGUCUUCUUCCCCGAGUUCCAAUACCAAUUACCUGCAAAAUACAACGACUUGACCCUCGGAUCACUUCAACAUGGGUGGAGAGACAUGGUCGCCGAGCUGACCAUCCUCAGGACCGUCUUCCUCGCCACCAACAACAGGGACUGUCCGUUUGUUCAAGUAGUCUUGCUUCCAAACACACACUACCAACAGCAAACAUUAUCCCUUGGUGACAACUCGGGCCCGGUCCAAAGCGGGGUAACCUCUCUUCCAAUGGUGUACUUUGCCGCCGAGCGGGAGGUGGAGGGCAGUGCGGACAGUCCCUGGAUAAUCACCAUCAAGCUUCACCAUUCUCUUUACGACGCCUUCAGCCUGCAAAACAUAGUCCGUCGCUAUGGAGAGCUACUUGCAGGAAGAAGCUCGGGCCAACUUUUGCCCGUCCCUGAUUACACCGGUAACUGGAAUGCCAGAAUCACGUCGGAAGCCUCCCAAGAACUCAGGAGCAGCCGCCAAAAGUUCUGGGUCGACUACCUCCAGUGGGCAACGUCUUUGCCGUUUGCGGGCAUUCCCGCCAGUCUCACCAGCCAGGCCGCCACCGACGCCAAGGCAAGAGUUUCGAAAUUCGUGCCUGGCGCGGUCACAGCCAUUUCAGAUGUACAGUCAGAGUGUGCCCGCCGCGGCGUGAGCUUCCAAGCACUGUUUAUAGCAGCCGCCGCCGCCGUGAUAUCCGCCCCGGCCCCUGCAGACGGUGCUCAUCCCAACGACCUUGUCCUGGGCAUCUACCUCGGCAACAGAGACGACCAGGACAGCGACCAACUCCCGUACCACCCCACCCUGAGCCUGGUGCCGCUGCGAGUCCGCCGCGCGUCGGGCCGCAGCCUGUUCGGCGUGGCCGCCGAGGUGCAGCGGGACCUGCACAAGAUAUCCGACGCGGGCAACGCCGCGGUCGGCCUCUGGGAGAUUCAAGACUGGACCGGCCUGCAGGUCGACUGCUUUGUCAACUUUCUCGGCUCGACGGCGCUUGACGAGCAGGUCGAGGACCGACUCAAGCUCCUGGAGCCGCUGGGAGAGGCCAAGGCCAUAGACGGUGUCGCCCGGGCUGGUGCGCACCCGCAAAACUACCAUUGGCUUGGGGAAAAUACAGUGAUUGACGCAUUCAAGGAUGCCGUCGAUAUUGAAGCUGCUUUUGGCGGCAAGGACAGCCUUGACAUUGGUGUCUUUGGGCCUGAGGGUAUGCUGAAGAACGAACAAGGGGCCACGCAUGUUAUCUCGCGCCUCGUGGAGGUUAUCAAUGCCCUGGGCAGAAAUGAGUGAAUUGGCCCUUCCGUAGAAGCUCUCUGGGGAUCCUGUGGUUUUAUCUUGUUUCGUUUUGUUUUGUUCAUCACAUAUUUUGGUCAUGUCAAUUUCUUCUGUCCAGCAUCUUGUUUUCCUCUUGUACUUUCCACGUGAUAUCCGUUGGGCGCUGGUUCAGAUCUUUUGCAUAAUAUGAAAUACAUAUCUUUCGAGUGAGCGA